UACUACAUUGAAGAGACAAUUAUUGAGGAAGGUGAACCACAUGAGGUGGUCACUGAGAUCACUGAGACCAUUAGCACAGACUUCACAGGUCCUAAAACUACCACCUAUAUUGUUGAGCAUGAAAAACCUUCUGUUGAGGAUGCAGCACCUCCAGUCAGAAAGAAGAUAAUACGGACAAAAGUGGACCCAUCUAAGUUUUUGACACCUUACCUGCAACAUAGUAAUAAAAUGAAGGACCUAUUCAGUGAGGUUAAAUACCGCAUGGCUGGUGGAGUUGCUAGAACUAUUUGCCACAUUGAUGAAAAGGCCAAAGAUAUAGAACAUGCAAAGAAGGUGUCACAGCAAGUGAGCAAGAAACUCUAUACCGAAGACUGGGAAGGAGACAAAACAUUAUUCUAUCCAUACAAUGACAGUCCAGAGCUCAGAAGGGUGGCACAGGCUCAAAAGGCUCUGAGUGAUAUUGUCUACAAAAAAGGGCAUGAUGAACGAAAAUCUAAAUAUACUCCUCUGCCAGAUCCACCUGAUGUGGAGCAAGCCAAGAAAGUGACAAGGCAGCUGAGUGAUGUUAUUUACCAUGAGGACUAUAAAAACAAGAUCAAAGGCAAGUGGAGUCAAACUCCAUGCUAUGAUGUUGCAAUUGCGAAAAUGAAUGCAGAAAAUAUAAGUAUGAAAAAAUACCAGGAAGACUUUGAAAACAUCAAAGACCAAAUCUACUUUAUGCAGACUGAAACUCCAGAAUAUGAAGCUAAUAAGCGAGUUUCAAAUAAUGUCAGUAAGAAACUAUACAAAGAAGCCUAUGAACAAUCAAAAGGAACCAGCAUGAAUUACUGUGACACACCGAAGUUCCAGACUGAUACUGCUCUGAAGAAUUAUAGUGACGUAAAAUAUAAAGAUGCAUAUCAAAAGAAUAUUUUAGGACACUAUUUGGGCAGCUUUGAGGACCCACAUCAUACACACUGCAUGAAAGUUGAAGCUAUGAAGAGUGAUAAAAAUUACAAAGCAGAAUAUGAGGAGGAUAAGACAAAAUGCUACUUCCCUCAGACCAUAACUCAAGAGUACGAAGCUAUUAAGAAGUUAGAGCAGUGUAAAGAUCACACCUACAAAAAGCAUCCUGAUCAAACCAAAUUUACUCAAGUGACUGACUCUCCCGUACAGAAGCAGGCAGAGAUCAAUAGCAGACAGCUGAGUGAUAUAGCAUAUAAAUCCAAAGGUGAAGAAAUUAUUCACAAGUACCACCUCCCUCCAGAUGUGCCCCAGUUUAUACAGGCUAAAGUUAAUGCCUACAAUAUUAGUGAUAACUAUUACAAAACGGGAUUGGAAGAAUUAAAAUCAAGGGGAUAUGAUCUAAAAAGUGAUGCUAUUCCUAUCCGAGCUGCCAAGGCUGCUAGGCAGGCCGCCAGUGAUGUUAACUAUAAAAAAGCCUAUGAACUUGCCAAGGGUAAACUCGUUGGUUUCAAGAGCCUCCAAGAUGAUCCCAAACUCGUUCAUUAUAUGAAGGUAGCCAAGAUGCAGUCUGAGCGAGAGUACAAGAAAGAUUACGAGAAAACAAAAACUAAGUACAACAUUCCACUGGAUAUGGUCAAUGUUGUUGGUGCCAAGAAGGCUCAAGAGAUUGCCAGCAAUGCUAAUUACAAGAACCUCGUACACCACUAUACUUACUUACCAGAUGCAAUGAAUGUGGAGCUGACCAAAAAUAUGAUGGAGAUUCAGAGUGAUAAUGCGUACAAAUCAGAUUAUAAUAACUGGAUGAAAGGCAUUGGUUGGAUCCCCAUUGGCUCCCUAGAAGUAGAAAAAGCUAAAAAAGCUGGAGAUGCCUUGAAUGAGAAGAAAUAUCGUCAGCAUCCAGACACCAUUAAGUUUACAAGUGUGGUGGACUCUCCAGUAAUGGUCCAAGCCAAACAGAAUUCAGUUCAACUCAAUGAUGCAUAUUAUAAACAAGACUAUCAUGAUCUAAUAGCUAAAGGGAACAAUGUGUCAGUUGAUGCUAUUCCAAUUACUCGGGCCAAGGCUUCAAGAAACAUUGCUAGUGAUUAUAAAUAUAAAGAAGCAUAUGAAAAGUCUAAAGGAAAACAGGUUGGUUUCAGAAGCCUGCAAGAUGACCCUAAGCUUGUCCACUACAUGAACGUAGCAAAGAUUCAGUCUGACCGUGAGUACAAGAAAGACUAUGAGAAGAGCAAGACUAUCUAUCAUGCACCUCCUGACAUGUACAGUAUCCAGGCUGCUAAACAGUCUCAGGAUGUAGCUUCUAAUGUCCACUACAAGAACCUGAUCCAUCACUACACUUACCUGCCAGAUGCCAUGGAUGUUGAGCUUGCGAAGAACAUGAUGCAAAUUCAGAGUGAUAAUGCAUACAAACAAGAGUAUAACAGCUGGUUCAAGGGUAUUGGAUGGAGUCCUCUCGGUUCUCUGGAUGUUGAAAAAGCUAAAAAGGCUGGAGAUGCAUUAAAUGAAAAGAAAUACCGUCAGCACCCAGACACCAUCAAAUUUACAAGCAUACCAGAUUCAAUACCAAUGGUUUUAGCUCAACACAACACCAAGCAACUGAGUGAUGUAACAUAUAAGCAAGAGGGUGAAAAAGUAAAGCACAAAUACACCCUGGAUCCUGAUGUUCCUCAGUUUAUUCAAGCCAGGGUCAAUGCCUUCAAUUUGAGUGAUGCUAACUACAAAGCAGACUGGAAAAAAACCAUUGCCAAAGGAUAUGAUCUGAAACCAGAUGCCAUUCCGAUUAUUGCUGCUAAAGCUUCUCGAAAUAUUGCAAGUGAUUACAAGUACAAGGAAUCAUAUGAGAAAGGAAAAGGCAAACAGGUUGGAUACCGUAGCCUGCAGGAUGAUCCUAAACUUGUUCAUUACAUGAAGGUGGCCAAAAUGCAGUCAGAUCGUGAAUACAAGAAGGAUUACGAAGUCACCAAGACCAAGUAUCAUACUCCUUUGGAUAUGUUCAGCGUGAUGGCUGCCAAGAAAGCCCAGGAAGCAGUUACAAACGCUGGCUAUAAACAGUCAAUUCACAAUUAUACACUCUUGCCUGAUUCUGUGAAUCUGGAGCUAUCAAGAAAUGCGAUGCAGCUACAGAGUGAUAAUGUGUACAAAGCAGACUUUAAUAACUGGUUGAGAGGAGUUGGCUGGAUACCAAUUCAGUCACUGGAUGUAGAAAAGGCCAAAAAAGCUACAGAGAUUCUCAGUGAAAAGAAGUAUCGCCAGCACCCAGACAAGCUGAAGUAUUCUAUUACGAUGGAUGCAAUGGAACAAGUGCUAGCUAAGCAAAAUGCCAAGACCAUGAAUAAGAGGCUCUACACCGAUAAAUGGAACAAAGAGAAGACCAGCAUUCAUGUUAUGCCAGAUACUCCAGAAAUUCUGCAGUCUAGAGUGAACCAGAUCACAAUGAGUAAUAAACUUUACAAAGCUGGAUGGGAGGAAGACAAGAAGAAAGGUUAUGACAUGCAGCCAGACGCUAUUCCAAUAAAAGCAGCCAAAGCCUCCAGAGACAUUGCAAGUGAUUAUAAAUACAAACUGGCCUACGAAAAAGAGAAAGGAAAACAUAUUGGGUUCCGCAGCCUUGAAGACGACCCCAAGCUGGUGCACUUCAUGCAGGUGGCUAAGAUGCAAUCUGAUCGUGAAUACAAAAAAGAUUAUGAGAAAGCAAAGACUAAUUUCCAUACUCCAGUUGACAUGGUCAGUGUUGUGGCAGCCAAGAAAGCACAGGAAGUGGCUACAAAUGUGAACUACAAAAACUUGAUCCAUACCUACAAUGUUUUGCCUGAUGCUAUGAGUCUUGAAUUAGCCAAAAACAUGAUGCAGAUACAAAGUGAUAAUCAAUACAGAGCAGAAUAUGAUGAAAGUAUGAAGGGUGUUGGAUGGAUGCCACUGGGCUCCAUGGAAGCUGAGAAGAACAAAAAAGCGAUGGAAAUCGUUAGUGAAAAGAAGUAUCGCCAGCAUCCAGACAAGUUGAAGUAUUCUGUUCCUAUGGAUUCCAUGAACAUGGUCUUAGCUUUAAACAAUGCUAAAAUCAUGGAUGAG